CGUCAGCCAUCUCCAGGCCGCCGGCAGCAUCGGCCUCACUCCCCGGCGCCACUUGACAAGCGAGCGACGACGCAGCGGCGACGCAACACUCCUCGGCGCCGCGGUUUCCAGGCGAACUGGGCUGCGUCCCGCGGAGGUCGCAGUGGCUGGUGGGGAGGGCGCGGGCGUGGUGGUGACUGGGGGUAUGAUCGGCCGGUGUCGAUGGCCGAUCUGCAGCAAGCUGUUUCCGCUGCAGUGCGCGAGGAGCGGAAUGGGCAGGCGAGCCAGAGCAAUUCGCCUCGCGUCGCUCCAACGCAUGCGUCCCUUCCUCCUGCUGCUCCGUAUGCGCCGGCGCCUCCUCUUCCCCAAUCGGCUGUUCCUCCUCCUCAUGCUCCUGCUGCCUCUGCUGCUGCUCUGGGGAGCCGUAUGCGCCUGCCGUGGGUUCCUCCUGUGGCGGGUAUGGGGUUUGUGACUUCGGCAGGGGGACGCGUGACGGGUCAGUAUCCAUCUCUGCUGCCCGUCGCUCCCGCUCCGCCGUCUGCUGCGCUACCUCAACAGUCGCUGGUGGGGCCCUCUCCUUCCGCUGUGGUGCCGGAGGCUUCGCUGGGGCAGCUAUGGCGCCUCUCGGAGGGUCUGCGGGCUGUUCACCUGAUUCAGGUGUAUGGUCACGCGGCUCUCGCCCAGGGUGUUCCUCUGGAGAGUGGCCAUCGGGACGAGUGCCUAGAUGCCGCUGAUCGGCUGGGCGAGCUCCUUGCGCCCGUGUUGGCUGCGCCCGCGCGGGGUGGAGUUGCGGGCGUUGGACAGCUUGGGACGGCAGACCGUGGGCUGCGCCGGUUUUUGCGCGCAGGGACUGCAGUCGACUUGAUCGGCGCAACCACUGUGGUGGUGCGCGAGCUUCAUCGCUCGUUGACGGGUCUUCUCGCCGUCCUUGACGCGGAUCAGAUGUAG